ACCCGUUUCCCAGGCGGUUCACGACGCCUCCGCCCAUAUAGCUCGAUGAAGUUACGAGCUUUACAUCAAUCUUUCUCAACGUCACCACACAUCGAUCGCUCGAUCCUACCAUAUUUAUCCACCGCCCACCACUGGUCAUCAUGUACAGUGUUCCUCAAAUGUAUACAGAGGAUAAGACACCGCUCCGGGCAGAACCUAUUCGCCGAAAUUUAGUUCGGAAACCGCUCGGUCGCGUCACGGCGCUGGUAACAGUCCGCAACACCGCUACCAACGUUCUCAUGGGAGAUGUCAUCAGCACAUUGAGGAGGGAGCAGUGGGAUCUGGUGUCAAACAAAGACGCUUCCGCGUGUUUCAGCGCACAAGGGGCCUUAAGGGAACGAGAAGAACAAAUUGAACAACCCCUAUAUAAGACUAACUUGUGGAUACCCUGGUCCGCCAAAGUCAACGUACAUGGUGUGGAGCUGCCACUCCAGUUCGAAAAGGACAUCACCAUAUUCCCACACACGGCAGUGAGCCAGCAAGACUGGCUUGAGGUGCUUCGUAAUUACUCUGGGAGAUACAUCCGGGCUGUGGGCAAUCUGCAAGGUUUCGGAAUCGUUCUUUGCAUGUUACCUCCCGUCAAUAUUACUGUGACAUGGGGCCACACCACCAUGACAGUGUUGGCGAAGGAUGGCAUUCACAUCCAUCGAGAGAUAUUUACAGCCGCGUUCGAGAGCUUGAAACCGCCUGAUCGGACUUGGCUAAGCGACUACGUGGAAGAAGGGUACAUCCGGAUGGAAGAGCUUAUAGGACGCAUCUCAAUCCCGAUCCAAGAGGCUUUCCGCCUGUCCAUCGAUGGGAGAGUCAGGUGGAUAGAAAUGAAGCCUUCAACAUCGACUACUGCGAAGACGCUGCAGCCUGGCUAAGGACGCUUCCUGACCCGCUGAUACGACGUCACUGGCGUCAGCUACUCGGAGCGCGAGGCGAUCGACGUCUCUUCCUCCGCACUCCGAAGAACCAUGCACUCGAAGCAGAGGAGCGAGCUCUUCUAGCCCGCAGCACC